AUGUCCACCACACCUCCCAGCUUCACUGGUCAUCCUCACUCCUCCGAGUCUAGGUUGGAGUCCGGUGAAUCACCUCCCGGCGAAUCCCAAUCUCUUGUACACGUGGAUCCCUCUCAGCCCAUCCCUACCUCUACCAACGCAAGGGCAAAGCGCCACAUUGCCGCCUUAGAAGAAGAGCUUGAGAUGCUGCGACAGGAGAGAGGGACAAAGCAGAGAAAGACAACAUACUAUGUUGCACAAGGCAGGGCAAUUCGCCACAUGGUUGUCCUGUACUCUAGCUUAGAAGACUUGAUCGCUGAGAAUGAUCGCAGAUACGAGAGUUUGCAUCUGAUAGAUGACUCACAGGCCAUGCUGGAACAAGAUCACAUGCAAUCUGGAUACAUUGAACUCGCACGAACGCUACCAUGGCUGCACGAGAAGCUCAGGCAACUUGAGCAUGAAGAAUGUGAAAAUAUGUUAAAAAAGCUUAAGAAAGGAGCAGAUGCGGCAUGUGGUGACAAUACCUCCAGUCUCAAGGAGCUUGUUGCUGCCUGGGUCAACCAAGAAUUUUGCCUGUCUCCUUUGAUCAAGCCUGACGAUAAACAUUCACACGGCUUUGCGAGUGACAUUUGUGGGAAGCUACUUUGUCCCGCCGAGUGGGACUGGGAUGAAAACCGCGUCAAGGCCAGUAUUUGCGACAGAACAACAGAUUACAUUGUCUCGGAAAAUUUGUGGCCACUGUUCAUGUACGAGAAAGAUAAACUCAACCGCGAUAAACUUGAGGAGGGUUUUUUAAAAUCGAAGCUUCUGGUUCUGGCCUUCAAAGCCAUCUUUACGUUGCCUUCUUCUGCGAAGGAAGCUGACAGAGAUGGCGAUGGUGCCGAUAUCCUUGAAAAUAAUAGGUGUGCUCAGCGGAAAUCAGAUCAGGCUAAAGUUAAAACCUGUGUUGCCUCCAUCAUCAGCAUGAAGAAGGUGACACCUCGUGCCAUCACUUACAUUGUUUGUCAAGUUUGUUUUGCUUUAUCGUGUGUUUCAUCUUGGCUCACUGUGGACGGCGAUUUUGAUUAUGAGUUAUUCUGGAAUAAUGUCAUGGACUAUUUCGAGGUUGUGCCUGGUCCUGUCACGAAACAUAGGGUAGAUAAACUCCUGGAGUGGUGGACCAGAAAAAAAAUUGGAACCAACCAUCAUGAGGACUUGAUGCCAGAGGUUGUAUCCUACAUGUCCGUCAAUGCACUAGCCGAACAGAGGAGGAUGCUGGAGGAUGCCACCUUUAACUCGGAGUAA